AAAAACGUCUGCCUAAAAGAAACAGCAUCGCCUGAAGCUAAACCAAUACAUUAUUUAUAGUUAAAAAUGUUUUGCAGCCUCUGGAGCGCAAACUUACAAUAUUGCUGUACCCACGACUUAUAAUAACUGAAAUAAUUGUCUCAAAACAUCUUUAUUCUUACAACAAAUGUAGAUAGUAUAAGUUUCAAUUUCACAUUUGUGGUUCGAAACAUAAAGAGAGAAAUCAGCCAUGCAACAUGCACCUCCGGCUCACGGAUCCUGUAAGACGCUACCUGCGCACGUUCCUCCUUCAAGUCCCCUCCCGCCCAGAGGACAAAUAUGCUCAACAGCCGAAUAGAGGCACCUCUUCUGCCAUGGCAGGUCGCCCUCAGCCUCCACUGCUCGCCCAAAGACACUUUGAAUGAACACAUGAUGAGUUUGUGGGGAUACUUGGUGAUGGGAAGGCUUGAAUAGCAGCCAGAGCUUGGGUGAGUUAAGGUGGGGCUGCUGUGGAUGCUUACUGGUAUCACGCAGCGCUGAUUGGUCGAGCCGAGGAAUGACGCCAGAGGGCUGGCAAUAUGGUACAGUCGGCGUUUCCGGAGGCAGGCAUUGUACUUUGAGAUCUAUCGCAUCACCACGUAGCCGCACGGAGACGGGGUGGGCAUGCAUCCCGCCUUUACACACAUUGACUGGAGUCACCAGUGCAUCUUGGCCAGCUGAGCACAAAGGAUCGUUAACUGUGGAUACGCUUACCAUUGCCGGCGUUACAUUGAAUUCACUAUUUUCAAGCGCUAGUUUGGUUGGGUGACAUAUCUGCAUUUUGAGGUAUUUUCAUCCACAAGACGGUUUGUUUCCGGCAGGAAAGCCAAACCAGGUCGAAGUCAACCCGGCUACUUCUUUUUUUUUUUUUUGAGCCGGGUGCUGAAAUCUACAUUAUUAUUGUUAUUAUUUUUUUUAAUACACCACCAGGCUUCCUCCGGAUCCAAAGAGGGACUGUUUCUUUCUUCACCAAUGAGAUACAGCGCAGACGCCAUCCAUUCUUUUCUGUGUUUCGGACGGUAAACCUUCACUACGCAUGCAGGAAGAAAUCUGGGGUGACACCAGAUCGACCAGCGUCAGCACGCACAUUGACCGCGGGGAGCCCCAGGCGAAUGACAGAGCUACGAAGGCGGCCAUUGCUUGGCCCGUGUUGUUGAAUUGUCGUGCGUGAGCACCGUUAUUGGAGUUGUGACCAAGCCAAAGCCAUGGUGCACUGCGCUGGGUGCGAAAGGCCUAUCCUGGACCGCUUUCUGCUCAAUGUGCUGGACCGAGCCUGGCACGUCAAGUGUGUCCAGUGCUGCGAGUGCAAAUGCAAUUUGACAGACAAAUGUUUUUCUCGAGAGGGGAGAUUAUACUGCAAAAAUGACUUCUUUAGGCGGUUCGGCACCAAGUGUGGCGGGUGUUCACAGGGCAUAUCUCCAAACGACUUGGUCCGGAGGGCUCGAAGCAAAGUGUUUCAUCUCAACUGCUUCACGUGCAUGAUGUGCAAUAAGCAGCUUUCGACCGGCGAAGAGCUCUACAUCAUAGAUGAAAACAAAUUCGUUUGCAAAGACGAUUACCUGAGCAACAGCAGUGUAAAAGACACAAACCUCCUUUCAGUAACGGCAUGCAGCGACCCGAGUUUAUCUCCGGAUUCCCAAGACCACCUCCAGGACGACGUGGUUCUUAAGGAAACGGAGAUUGCCGCCCUCUCGGAUAAGGAAACUGUAAAUAACGAGAACGACGACCAGAAUUUGGGCGGCAAGCGGCGAGGCCCGCGGACGACAAUUAAGGCCAAACAGCUGGAGACGCUAAAGGCGGCCUUUGCUGCAACCCCCAAACCCACCCGACACAUCAGGGAGCAACUGGCACAGGAGACUGGCCUCAACAUGAGAGUUAUUCAGGUCUGGUUCCAGAACCGCCGUUCCAAAGAGAGGCGCAUGAAGCAGUUGAGCGCACUAGGAGCACGCAGGCAUGCUUUUUUCAGGAGCCCAAGGCGGAUGAGGACGCUGGUUGACCGCCUGGAACCUGGGGAGCUCAUCCCGAAUGGACCUUUCUCUUAUUACGGAGAUUAUCAAAGUGAAUAUUAUGGUCCAGGAGGGAACUAUGACUUCUUUCCUCAGGGGCCACCCUCAUCACAAGCCCAGACCCCAGUGGAUCUCCCCUUUGUGCCCUCUUCAGGCCCCACAGGCACACCGCUUGGCGGUAUGGACCACCCCCUGCCGGGGCACCAUCCAUCCAGUGAAGUGCAGCGCUUCUCUGAUAUUAUGUCCCACCACCCUGGGGACUCUCCAAGCCCAGAGCCUGGCAUCCCAGGAACUCUGCACAAUAUCUCCACUGAGGUGUUUGGCCCGAGCCCACCGUUUACCUCACUGUCUCUGAAUGGCAGCGGAUACAACAACCAUUUGUCACAUCCACCCACGGAAAUGAAUGAAGCCACUGUGUGGUAGUUUAUUGGCAGACUGGACUCUUGAGGCCGGCAGAUUACUAACUGCGGUGAAUUGUGCUGUGGACUGAAUUGAGGCAUGGAUAUCAACAGGGUUAGGGCAAUGCCACAAAACAUUUUUUGUAUGAUUUCUUAUUUCUUAUUUAUUCACAUAAGACUAAUCCAAAACUGGACAUUUUUGAACUGACAGCCUUCAUCUUCCGAUGUGUAUAUGAAGCCCAUACUAUUCUGCUGCUUUGUCAGGAGCUUGGCAUGACACAACAUUCAUCACUGUUAUGUGUAAAUUAAGUUUCAAGAUCUGUUAUAUUUCCGGACCGGGAAAAGUAUCAUUCGCUCCUGUCAAAGACGUCAAUAGCUUUACAGACAGAUAGUAAUCUGGUCAAAGGUUGUUUGUGCACGAACUGAAGCAGUGCUCAAUGUUUAAGGCAUUAGACAUACUCCUUGUAUUUACUCAGAAGUUCCGCAAACCCGUUUUUUGCCUCUGCCAUAUUGAUUCUUCACGUUUCUUCAGGCAAGACAAAAUAAUACACUCAUCCAUGUCGAGUUUUGGAAGGUUUUCUUUUGGUUUCAGAAUUUCCAUCAAACCUGGGGAAAGCUGCCUUAAAAAGGCGAACGUAACAAAAUGUCCUCUGUGGAUUUCAAACCCUUUAUUUAAAAUGGAACAGAACUUGAACUGCUCAACUUUUGAAGUCUGCUUACUAAAAAAAAAACAAAAAAAAAACAAAAAAAAAAACUUGACUUGGGGUUCAAAUGGGAUUUAAAACAGUCAACUGUUUACGUCAUCAAUUUCAAGUUCAGGAGUCCAGAAAAUGAUGUUUUAGAAUCCUGUCCAUGUAAAAUGUACCAAGCAACCAACCAAACUUUUGUAUUGAGUUCAUUUAUAUUGUAUGAAGAAUAUACAUUUUCUUCA